GGCCGGCUCCAAAGUGGCGCCCCAGUGCCUUGCCGGGGCUUCCUGCGCGCCCUGCGGCCCCCGGCGCCCCCGGCCCCUCGCUAGAUGCCCCGCGCGGGGCCCAAGGCUGCGGGAAGAAAGUUGCAGGUGAUCUUUAGAGAGUAACUGAGUAUGGAUCAUUUGAACGAGGCAACUCAGGGGAAAGAACAUUCAGAAAUGUCUAACAAUGUGAGUGAUCCGAAGGGUCCACCAGCCAAGAUUGCCCGCCUGGAACAGAACGGGAGCCCGCUAGGAAGAGGAAGGCUUGGGAGUACAGGUGCAAAAAUGCAGGGAGUGCCUUUGAAACACUCGGGCCAUCUGAUGAAAAGCAACCUUAGGAAAGGAACCAUGCUCCCGGUUUUCUGCGUGGUAGAACAUUAUGAAAAUGCCAUUGAAUACGAUUGCAAGGAGGAGCAUGCAGAAUUUGUGUUGGUGAGGAAGGACAUGCUUUUCAACCAGCUGAUAGAAAUGGCCUUGCUGUCUCUGGGUUAUUCACAUAGCUCUGCUGCCCAGGCCAAAGGGCUGAUCCAGGUCGGGAAGUGGAACCCAGUCCCCCUGUCAUACGUGACAGAUGCCCCCGACGCUACAGUAGCAGACAUGCUUCAGGAUGUGUAUCAUGUGGUCACACUGAAAAUUCAGCUGCACAGUUGCCCCAAACUGGAAGACCUGCCUCCCGAGCAGUGGUCGCACACCACCGUGAGGAAUGCGCUGAAGGACUUGCUGAAGGAUAUGAAUCAGAGCUCCUUGGCGAAGGAGUGCCCCCUCUCACAGAGCAUGAUCUCCUCCAUCGUGAACAGCACUUACUAUGCAAAUGUCUCAGCAGCGAAAUGCCAAGAGUUUGGAAGGUGGUACAAGCAUUUCAAGAAGACGAAAGAUAUGAUGGUGGAAAUGGAUAGUCUGUCGGAGCUGUCCCAGCAGGGUGCCAACCACGUCAGCUUCGGCCAGCAGCCCGCCCCGGGGAGCACGGCGGAGCAGCCCCCCUCGCCGGCCCAGCUGUCCCACGGCAGCCAGCCCUCUGUGCGGACGCCGCUGCCCAACCUGCACCCUGGGCUGGUGUCGACGCCCAUCAGCCCUCAGCUGGUCAACCAGCAGCUGGUGAUGGCCCAGCUGCUGAACCAGCAGUACGCCGUGAACAGACUUCUAGCCCAGCAGUCCUUAAACCAACAGUACUUGAACCACCCUCCCCCCGUCAGCAGGUCUAUGAACAAACCUUUGGAGCAGCAGGUUUCCACCAACACAGAGGUGUCUUCCGAAAUCUACCAGUGGGUACGUGAUGAACUGAAACGGGCAGGAAUCUCCCAGGCAGUAUUUGCACGUGUGGCUUUUAACAGAACUCAGGGCUUGCUUUCAGAAAUCCUCCGAAAGGAAGAGGAUCCCAAGACUGCGUCCCAGUCUUUGCUGGUAAACCUUCGGGCUAUGCAGAAUUUCUUGCAGUUACCGGAAGCUGAGAGAGAUCGAAUUUACCAGGAUGAAAGGGAGAGGAGCCUGAAUGCGGCCUCAGCGAUGGGCCCUGCCCCCCUGAUAAGCACACCGCCCAGCCGCCCUCCCCAGGUGAAAACAGCUACUAUUGCCACUGAGAGGAAUGGGAAACCAGAGAACAAUACCAUGAACAUUAAUGCUUCCAUUUACGACGAGAUUCAGCAGGAAAUGAAGCGUGCUAAAGUUUCCCAAGCUCUGUUUGCAAAGGUGGCAGCUACCAAAAGCCAGGGGUGGCUGUGCGAGCUGUUGCGCUGGAAAGAAGACCCUUCUCCGGAAAACAGGACCCUGUGGGAGAACCUCUCCAUGAUCCGGAGGUUCCUCAGCCUCCCGCAGCCGGAACGCGACGCCAUCUACGAACAGGAGAGCAACGCGGGCCAUCACCACGGCGACCGGCCGCCGCACGUCAUCCACGUGCCCGCCGAGCAGAUGCAGCCGCCGCAGGCACCGCCGCAGCCGCAGCCCGCGCCGCCCCCCGCACCGGCACAGGCGCCGCCGCCCCCGGCCGGGCCCCGGCUCCCCGCGCGGCAGCCGCCCGCCGCGGCGCCGGCCGAGGCGGAGGAUGAGAGCCGGCCGAAGGCGCGGCCGCGGACCAAGAUCUCGGUGGAGGCGCUGGGCAUCCUGCAGAGCUUCAUGCAGGACGUGGGGCUGCACCCGGACGAGGAGGCCAUCCAGACGCUGUCGGCGCAGCUGGACCUGCCGCAGCACACCGUCAUCAAGUUCUUCCAGAACCAGCGCUACCACCUCAAGCACCACGGCCGGCUGAAGGACCACGCGGGCCUGGAGGUGGACGUGGCCGACUACAAGGACGACGAGCUGCUGCAGGACCCGGACGAGGGUGCCCCGGGCGCGGGCGCUAGCCCGCUCUUCGCGGUGAAGCUCGAGGAUGAGCCGGCGGCCGACGGCAGCACGGACGCGAGCGCCGACGCCAGGGACUGAGCUGCGGGCCCGCAUCAGCGGCCCGCGGGCUGGGGGGGUCCGCCCCGGGCUCCCUGCGAGCCUCGCGCUCCCGCCGUUCGGCCAGGGAAUCGUCAGAAACUUGCACAAACGGGAACGUCGAGAAAGGCUGAUACUGACCGCACUAAACGUUUUCCUCCCUCUCUUACGAACUGCUUGGCAGCCCCAGGUGAAGCAUCGGAUUGUUUGGUAUUAAAAAUGGAAAAUUUGUGUUCACGGAACACACCCAGGUGUGUGUACCCGUAAGCAUGAUAACCAGUGAUUUUUUUUUAAAUUUUAUUAUUAUUCUGGAGCCUCAAAACAAGCAUUAUAACUUCUGUGAUUAUCAUUUCCUUCCUUUAUUUCUGUAACACUUCACACUUAUCUUUGGAAACUCGCCCCUUGUUUAAAAAAAGAAAAAGAGUUUGUUACUCUGUUGUAUGUUGCAAAAGAACUAUAGACUGUGGAAUGCAGUUUAAAGAUAACAUAUGCCAACAAAUGCCUUGUAUUAUAUGGCACUGCCGUAAUUCAAAUUUGUUUUUAUUUUGGAAAUAAAAGUUCACUGUAAUUUUUUUCAUUCUCAUUGUUAACAAGAUUUUUUAAAAAAAUGAAAAGAAAAUGUGAAACACAAUUUAGUCCUCAUUAUUUAUUUGUAGAUCCUGCAGCAUCAUGUUGUAAUUAAUUUUUGGAAGUUUCCGUUAAAUGUAGUAUUGCUUCUCUUGUUACCAUACUGGUUCUUUUCUAUUUAUAAAUGUAUUUUGAUGGGCAGUAAAACAAAGUGUCUUAAAAGUUUUAAAUAGAUAAAAUGUGCUUUACACAGUUGCCUAUAAAAAGUGCUCUAUGUUAUCCAAGCAAUUCAUACUAUAAGCUUCACUCUUAUUGUUGUAUGCAAUUUUUACUAUCAUGCAAAUAAGCUUAGGUUAAUAAAACUAAUAGAUCACCUUAGAAAAUUAUGCAAUUAAUGUGAAAAUAAUUGAUGUUUGCAACGUGUCUUCCUUUGGUUUACAAUCAAUUUUAAAGCUACAUCUGUAUAAAAUUUCUGUAUAAAGGUGUUAUUUCUUUUUUAUGAGUUUAUGGCUAUGAAAACACCAGCUAUUUUGUUACAGCUGGCUGUUUUUAUAAGUGUAUCACAAUUUUCUUUAUGCAGAAAUGUUCUGAUUAGGAGUGGUUAUUGACUGUAACUACACGAUUAAAAUUGUUUGUAUGGUAUGACAUGGUAGGGUUUGUCUGCUUAUGUGAAGUAACACAAAGAGUCCAAGAUGGCCCUCAGUAAGAUGCAUGUUAAGACUUUCUUGACAUUUUACAGAUCUGAAAAAGAGCAAUUUAAAAGUCACUUGAUACGCUGUAAAAUUAAAUCUCGAACAUAUGCUCAUUUUUUAAGUUAAACAGUGAAGAUGAUAACCUGUUUUUGGUUGACGUUUUACUUGAUUAGGAGGAUGGUCAAAAGACUCACCAAUGAAGACAUCAGUUCAGUCUCUAGCAGAUACGCACUUAGAACAGAUUCAUCUGCAUUUACUUCACAAUACGCUCAUCAUGGCAACACUUUUUUAAAGCUGGUGUACAUACAUUUUUAAAGGCCAUUAAAAGUAACCUAAGUAGGGGGGGAAUGGACCUUCUGUACAAGAACUCCUUAGUAAGCACUGUAUUUUUUCUUAAGUUGUAAAUGGAAUACAAGUUAAUAACUGAGCUCAUUUGGUUGUGUAUGUCAUAACUAUAAGAACUCCAUGAAGAAGAUAAGAAUUAACCAACCUGGAAUUUAAACUUCAAAAUUCUUGCAAUGUAAAACUCAGUAAACUCCAGGAUAUGAAGUGAGGUACGCUAAUGUUCAUGUAAAGGAUAGGGCCAGUGUUGCAGUGUUUGGUUAUUUUUGUUCACAUUUAUUUUAUAUUUUGCUGCUUUUUUAAGAUUUCAUACUUGUUAGGGGGUGUUUGGGUUCCUUUGGUUCUGAAAUCACCCACUCUUCCUGCCUCUUUUCCCUGGACCCUGAUGAACUCCUCGGAGGGCAACUGGACUCCCCUGAUGCCGAACUUAAGAAACUAAAAUGGGAUCAUAGAAAACUCCCAAUUCAAUUUUCAGUUACUAUCUACUUUAGAAGCACAGCUGAACUACUUCAGAGGCAGCUGGUUUGCUGUAAACUUAAAAUUAUGUUGAAAAAGUUACACUUCUUUGUAUUAAAUGAGAAAACACCUUUAAACAUUCUAGCUUAUUACUAGGGUUCAGAAAAUCAUUUUAGCAAAAUAAUCUUGAGUUCAAAUUGAAACCAGAUUUCAUGUAUUAAAAAUAAUAAAUAGGGUAAUUAAAUAUGCUAUGAAAUGUAAUGAAAAACAGCCUAUCUUCUCUGACUUUAAAGGGAAAAGCUAGAGUGGAGGGUAGUGUGUGUUUGUGUGUGUGUGUGUGUUUUUUUAACAUAAGCACAACACCUAAUAUAAGGAGUCAAACUCCUUAUAUUCCUUAAGGGGAAUUUGGGUUGCAAAUAAGAUUUUUUUUCUUUCCCACCAGCCUCCUAACUUCUUUGAAAAUACAUUUUCAGUAAAUAGAAGAGUGUGUAUAAGAAAUCAACAUGACAAUAAAAUUCUCAGACUCUUUAACUCAUGCAGCAUCAUCUUGCUAAUAUAUUUUAAACCAAAAAAAAAGCACAUAUCAGUAAACAAUGUUGGUCAUGAUGGAGUGAGCAAAAUUGUUCUUCGGGAAGAUGGUACAUUUUACAAGAGGUUUGAGGAACCUUCCACGUUGCUUCCCGGGUGUCCUUUAUCCCCCCUACCAGUCCCAGUGUUGCCAGAGGCUAUGGAGAACUCCUUGACCAAGCUUCCUUGUCUCCAAGUACUUCAGAAGCUUUUGAAAGCUGGGCAUGACGUAGCGCUCCGUGCUGCUAAGGCCUUAACAGAGUCAGGUAGUUUACGGGUAAUAUUCAACCUUGUGCGUCUGAAUCUGUCAUGGACUCCUUCCCUCAGCACUUUGCCACUAAUUUGUAUUUCACUCUGUGGCCAUAUAAUACUUGCACAUUAUGCAAAAAAUAAUGAUAGUAUCCCCUUGGCACAUAAUAUGCAGAGUUGACACAUAACCUUUGAAAACCAAGGUAACUAACAUGUGUGCCCUAGUUGUGUGACCCUUAAAGCCUGUACAUAUUAUAUAUAAAAUGCAUAUCAAUUACCAUUUAGUCCUAAGGAAUUCUGAGCUAAGAAAAAAGUGUUUAUUUCUUCAUUAGUGAAAUCUAUAUCUAACUGUGCUUAUCUGAAAUACGUAGCUUAAGUAGAAAACAUUUUUAAAUGGUUCAAGAUGGAGUGAAAAUGACGAUCUCAUACAUUUCAUCAUUCAGUUCUGCCCUAUUCCAUAUUGUUAUCUUUGGCUGAUAUUAAGGUCCUUGAUUUUCACGAUAUUAUCAAUAAAUAAGGUAUUCUGAACUGCUUCGUGAUAUUUUCAAAAAAGAGCAAUUAAUAUGUGUAUGCCCUGUCAUAUAGCCAACAGAAAUUGGACUGCUGUGUUAAAGC